CUGUAAGUUCCAGUAGUAUUUGCUCUUUAAACAAACCAUCUGAGAAGAUCUGUAUUGAAGAGGCUCAAAUGCUUUGAGAGCCUCUUCAUCAAAAGCACAUGGCUGCACAGUGGCACACAGACAUGUGCAGGGGAAAGGUGGGUUUGAGGAGGCGUCUGCCCGUCAGAGGAAAUCCUCAUUAGCCUGCUCCGAACUCCAGAAGAGGGAGAUUUGUCUGAGGUGAGAACAAUUCAUUAUUUUCUCAUUUACUUGCAUACUAUUGGUAUUUAUUUUAAGCUAGAGUUGUUACAUGAUUAUUUGCAUUUAACUUUAUUACAGACAUGAAUACAGAAGUGUAACUGCUGACAAUGACACUGCCCUACUUUUGAUCAAGUGUGUCCAAAUGUUCUUGACAUGGAGAACAGACAAGGGUCGAAAUGUAGCACACCCUGUUAGCACUUGAGCCGAUGUCAACAGGGAAUGAGAAGUGUAAUCCUGCAGCCACAGAACACGUCCGUGCAUGUCGCUUUAAAUCAAUUUUGCUUCUAAAACUUGCACAUUUUAAAGCGUGGGGACAGGUUUUUAUCACAUUUAACUUUGAGGAAGGUUCAAAUGAUUAUACUUGCAGAUCUUGGCCUCAGUAGAAACCCCUGUAAAGGUCAGUGGUGGACGACUUGCUUGUGUUUCUUGUCUGAAACUCAUGCGAGUCCACUGUGCAACUACUGAAUAUACCAUGACCUGGAUGAGUGGAAAUCUAUUGAUAUACAUAGAUAUUUUUGUUUUGGAGCCGAUCAUCCUGUUCCUCCUCUCUGCUCCAGGUGAGAAGCUACAUCACGUCCUAGAAGCUGAACACCCGGUUUAGACGAGGAAGAAGGUGUCUCUGGUUCUGUUCCAUCGUGUUUGAUCUUUUUCUUUAAACCCAGUUGAGAGCCUGCCAUGUCACAUACCCUCAACAUGGAUAUCGGAGGUCUGACCACAGUGGUCGCAAAUUCUGCGUACAUCAAUGCCCGUGGAAGCAUCGAUGGCUCCAACGCUGCAGCAGCUCGGGAGAAGAAGUACCAUUCCCGCCUCAAACUGCCCCACAUCACCGUGUGUGAGGACCUGAGGGAUACCCUGGAUUUGGCCUUUGACUCGGCCUGUGUGGAACAACCCAUCGGCAAACGCCUCUUUAGGGAGUUCUUGGAUGCAAAUCAAGAGUAUCACGGUGCUUGUCGUUUGUGGAAAGACAUCGAGGGCUAUGACCUGGCCGAGGAUUCUGACAGGGCGAAGAAGGCCUCAAAGAUUGUCCAGCGUUACAUGGACCCCUCUGCCAAACACUACUGCCCCUUCCUGUCUGAGGACAUCAUCGCGAAGGUGAAGGAGGACCAGGGGUCUGUACGGGAUGAUUUGUUCGUUGCAGCGCUGGCCAGGAUGCUGGACUACCUGCGGGAGGCUCCCUACACUUUCUUCCUGGAGAGCCUGUACAUGAAGAGGUUCUUGCAGUGGAAGUGGCUGGAGAUGCAGCCCAUGGACGCAGACUGGUUCCUGGACUUCCGCGUGCUGGGGAAAGGAGGGUUUGGGGAGGUGUCGGCCUGUCAGAUGAAAGCCACGGGGAAACUUUAUGCCUGUAAGAAACUCAACAAGAAGAGGCUGAAGAAGAGGAAAGGCUUUGAGGGUGCCAUGGUGGAGAAGAGGAUUCUUGAGAAGGUUCACAGUCCCUUCAUUGUGUCAUUGGCGUACGCCUUCCAGACAAAGGAGGAGCUUUGUCUGGUCAUGACCAUCAUGAAUGGAGGAGACCUCAAGUACCACAUCUACCUGGUGGAUGAGAACAACCCGGGCUUUGACGAGCCCAGAGCCUGUUUUUACACAGCUCAGAUCAUCCAGGGUAUGGAGCACCUGCACCAGAAGAGAAUCAUCUACAGAGAUCUGAAACCAGAAAACGUGCUGCUCGAUAAUGAUGGGAACGUGCGUAUCUCUGACCUGGGUCUCGCUGUGGAGCUAAAAGAAGGAAAAACAUUGACCAAAGGUUACGCUGGGACACCAGGGUACAUGUCUCCAGAGAUGCUGAAAGGAGAAAAGUAUGACACCUCGGUCGACUACUACACUCUGGGGGUGACGUUGUUUGAGUUCAUGGCGGCCAAGAACCCGUUCAGGAACAGGGGGGAGAAAGUCGACCGUGAGGAGAUGAAGGAGCGUGUGCUGACGCGGGUGGUGGACUAUCCGGAGAAUUUCAGUGCGAAUGCGAAGUCGCUCUGUGAAGGGCUGCUGGCCAAACAGGUGGACGAGCGGAUGGGUUUUAAGAACGGAAGCUGUGACGCGAUCAGAGCUCACCCAUUUUUUCAGGACAUCAACUGGAGGAAACUGAACGCAGGUAUCCUCUCUCCUCCUUUUGUCCCUGACCCUAAAGUGGUGUACGCUAAAAGCCUGGACGACGUCGGAGCGUUCUCCUCGGUGAAGGGAGUGGCCUUGGAUGAUCCCGAUAAAACCUUUUUCGAUGAGUUUUCCUCUGGCAACAUCGCCAUCCCGUGGCAGGAGGAGAUGAUCGACAUGGGUAUUUAUGGAGAACUCAACCUCUGGGGCCCUGAAGGCAGCAUCCCAAACGACCUCCGCAGGGAGUCCAUACUAGAGCAGCCAAAGUCUUCGACCUGCUGCGUAUCGUAGAGUCGUUGAAAGACCUUGAAAUAACAUCAGUGUACAGACUCAAACAUUCAGGGCAGACGCACGUCUCUUCUGAAUUUUGUGAAUCGCAGAAUAAAAACGGUUUAAACCUAACUUUUUAUUCAGGGCAUGAACAGAAAAAACAGAGCGGAGGUGAACUUCCAACCUGUAGUCGACAUGAUUAUUGAUUUCGUAUAGAAAAGUGAACGUUUUGACAUUAUUCCCCCAAUUGUCUCUAUUCUCCCUCCCUCACUCUCUACACCUUCACCUCUCUUUCUCCCCUCACUCUCUGGUUGUAUGUGCAUGAUAUACAUUAUUAUAAAGCUUUUAGAUUUAAAAAUGUAUUUUUUUUAUCUCACAUUUUGGAGUCGGGAUGCAGUGAUAUGAUACCUCUGGUGCUCAGCGACUGUCACAUGUUUCACAUUUUCUCCUGUAGAGAGUAUGCUUUCUGUAGUGAGGGCUUCUUUUUUCUUCUUUUCCUUAAUCAGAGGUAUUUUAAAUUGAUUACCACAAAGAGGGAAAUAUUUACAAUAAAUCCAUUUAUUUUUUAAAUCAAAUUAUUGAACAAAAGUUGAAUGAAGUCUCAAAUGUAUGAAA